CUCGACACCACAUCCACCCACAGCCACCACAUUCAACAUGCUGCUCGACGAGGACCCCGGAACACUCAUCCACCACACGAUCGGAAACUUCAACAUCCACCCCGACAAACAAGCCGUCACCCGCAUCAAUGACUCGCUCGCCACGCUGCAGCAGUCGCGCGACCUGCGCACGCGCGAGGCCGAAGCCGCGCUGAGGAAGCUGUCGCGCCACCUCUCGGCCCAGGCAGCCCAGCACGAGGAGGACCUGGCGGCGCACGACGCAGGAAAACACGCGGCCGAGAUCGUCGAGCUAGAUACCAAGAAGUUCCGCAUCGCUAAGGCGGCCACGGAGCUGGAGAUCGAGAGCGAGCGGCUGGAAGGCGAGCUGGAGAUGCUGAAGGAGCGGCUGGCCGAUCUGGAGGCGCAGGGGGUGGAGGGCGACGAGUCGACGCGGCGCGAGCGCGAGAUGGACGAUGCGACGCUUCUACGGCUCAAAAUCUUCCGCUCACUUGGCAUCGACAUCGAGGCGGACGGGGCGGGCAACUUCAACAAGGCGGUCAUCCGCAACAGCCGCAAGGGCGACGUGCAUGUGGUCAAUAUCGAUCCCAAAUUCUCGCGAUUUUUCUAUUCGAAUUACUUCUGGUCGACAAUGCAGGGCUAGGAUACAUGAUUAAUGAGUUAUGAAUAUGAUUAGUGAAUUUAAUUGUACCGAUUACA